AUGAGUGGAUUAAUACACUGUCAAUUUAAACAUAUACCAUCGAAGAGAGAUGCUGAACAACUUGCUUCCAAUAUUGAAACUUUUGUACGUCCAAAAACAUUUGAUAAGGAAGGUAUAAAAAAGUGUGGAGAAAAUGGAAAUGAUGAAAUUGAAUUUACAUUGACACGUGAAGAGGCUAAUAAAGUUCGUGAAAAAUUUAAACAAGUAUUACCAAAUGAAAAUUCACCUGUUUGGUUUACUAUUCUCUCGAAUCCUCUUGAUUCACUUAUGUCACAUUCAUUAGAAACAACUACGACUGAUGUUUACCAGCAAGGAACACCAUUUUCUGCAUCAUGUCAAUUUGGUUCACUUCGAUCAUAUAAUCAAUUUUAUUCACAUAAUUCAUUCAAUGGUAAAGUUGUUAAACUUUCGUUUAUACCAUCAACAAAGCCAGAUACUUUACAUAUUGAAUUUGAUGAUAUACGUAUAGUUAUUCCAUUUGUUUCGAUUCAGAAAAAGAAUGUAUUAGUUAAUAAAGAUAAUACAGAAGAUGGAAUUUAUGUUUUACUUCCACUUAAAUAUGCGCCGAAUGUUUUCAAAAUGGAACCGAUCAAAUGUGAAGAUAAAACCGGUAAAAAUUCAAAUAAGAAACCAGUUCGAAUAUGUGCUGAUCAACGACAUGUUGACUUUAUCACAGAUAUUGCACAAUGUUCUGAUUUGGUUUUAUAUUUUGUACCACCAAAAGAAAGAGCUUGGAAGUUUCUCUCGUAUUUGUUUUUAAUCGAUCAACCUGAACGAUAUCACAUUAAUUUUUCUACUUUCAAAAUAUCGGACUGGUCAACAGAAAAUAAUAAAAAACAAAGACCUGACCCAUUUAAUUUUGGAAAUGCAUCAUUUCAAGAUCGUUAUGCUUUACAAAUGCUUAUUUCACUUGGAUAUGUAUUUCGAGAUAAAUGGGCUCAAUUGACUGACCAAAAAUUAAACUGGAAUCAAUGGAAUGCUGACGAACGUUAUACUUUAUGUUGUUAUGCAGUCGAACAAUUAUGUAACGAUCAUGGAUAUGAUUUAACACGAACUGCAAGAGAUUAUAACGAAACAAGAAGAAGAGCAGUUAGUAAUAUGGACGAACAGGCAAUAUUAGUUGGAAACAGAGAACGACUUAAAGUUGCUACUUGUACAUUAACACCAUUAAAAAUUAUCUUUCAACCACUUGAGGUUACAAUGGGAAGUCGAGCUUUAAGAAAUUCCAAGUAA